AUGCGCAACUGGAACGAGCUCGACGAGUCUGGCAACCACCAGCCGGGCUCGGGCGGCGCGACCGGCUGCUCCUGGCAGCGCGACUGGGAAGAUGUCCAAGCCGUCUGUCGCCACCUCGGCAACAUACCCGUCAAGAUGGUCGAUCUCAGCAAGGAGUACUGGACGCAAGUCUUCGAGCCGGCGCUGGACGAUUGGCGGGAGGGCACGACGCCGAACCCGGACGUGAGCUGCAAUAGGGAGAUCAAGUUCGGUGCGCUGAUGGACCGUCUAGUUCCAACCACGAGCAGGGUAGGCGGCAGGAAGAGCUGGCUGGCCACGGGCCACUACGCGAAUAUAGCCUGGUCGGACGACGCCAGACCAAUUCUGAUGCGGGCAAAGGACCGGACCAAGGAUCAGACGUACUACCUCUCCUCGGUGGGAGAAGACCGCUUGGCACAUGCGCACUUUCCGCUCGCCAACCUGCUCAAGAGUGAGGUUCGCGAGCUGGCGAAGAAGUUCGCAUUGCCGACUGCAGAGCGGAAAGAGUCGAUGGGAAUCUGCUUCAUCGGUACUCGUGGGUCGGACGGCAAGGCGAUCUCGAACACGCAGGGAUUCUCCUCCUUUCUCAACGGAUACAUCGUCUCUGCGCCAGGAGACAUUGUCGACGAGAGCGGUCACAAGGCUGCCACUCACCAGGGGCUACACACCUUGACAGUGGGCCAAGGAGCUCGCAUCCGCGGCGCGACAUCCAAAUACUACGUUGCGAGGAAGGACAUUGCCAACAACAAGAUCGUUGUGGUGCAAGGCAAAGAUCACCCCAUGCUCCUCUGCACACGCAUACAUGUGCCAGACAUCGAGUGGAUCUGGAGAGAGCCGCCACCAGAACUUCAAGAUGGCGGUUCGGGAAGCGUGCAGCUGCUAGCGCAAGUGCGACAUCGGCAGACGGAAACACAGUGCAUCGUCAGCAAAGCGAAAGGGGGCAAGAGCGGGUACGUGGUCGAGUUCAACGAGCCAGUGCUGGCGGUUGCGCCUGGUCAGGUGCUGGGAUUGUGGCGCGGAGAGUGGUGCUUAGGCAGCGCGGUGAUUCAGACUGUCGACACCCUGUACGACGACCAGUCCCGGUGA